GGGGAGAAGCCCUACAAGUGCUUGGAGUGUGGGAAGAGCUUCAGCACAAGCACCCGCCUGCUCCGUCACCGGCUGAUCCACACUGGGGAAGGACCCUAUGAGUGUGGGGAAUGUGGGAAGGGCUUCAGCUGCAGCUCUGACCUGAUCCGCCACCAGCGCAUCCACACUGGGGAGAGACCCUACGAGUGUGGGGAAUGUGGGAAGAGCUUCAGUCAGAGCUCCAACCUCGUUUCCCACCAGCGGAUCCACACUGGGGAGAGGCCCUAUGAGUGUGAGGAAUGUGGGAAGACCUUCAGUAAGUGCUCCAACCUCAUCAUCCACCAGCGCAUCCACACUGGGGAGAAGCCCUAUGAGUGUGGGGAAUGUGGGAAGAGCUUCAGUCAGAGCUCCAACCUCAUCUCCCACCAGCGGUACCACACUGGGGAGAGGCCCUAUGAGUGUUCUGAGUGUGGGAAGAGGUUUCAGACCAGCUCCAGUGUUCUCCUCCAUCAGCGCAUUCACACGGAGGAGAGGCCCUUCCGCUGCCCCGACUGUGGGAAGGGAUUCAAAUACAAUUGCAGCCUUGUCAGGCACCAGCACAUCCACACCGGGGAGAGGCCUAUGAGUGUCCUCAGUGUGGGAAGAGCUUCUCCAGGAGCUCUAACUUGACCCAACACCGAAC